CUUUAGCGUCCAAAACUAAGGGAGACAACUAUUGCACAGAGAAACAAUAAUGGCUAGCGGAACUGACAAUCCACAUUUCGAUUGGCUUUACCCCGGUAUUCUAACUAAGCAGCAACUAAUCGAUGUCCUAAAUCAGAGGUACAUCAAGGAACAGUCCUUAGAAUCUAUGUCCAAGGAUGAGUUAGUAGACUUGUACACCAAAUACAUCAUCCCUUUGCCUCAAAGGAAGUACCGGCAAAACAGAAGAGGCCAGGAAAUGACAAAGAAACAGAUCUUAGCAGCGAAGAAAAGAAGAAUUUCAGCCCCAGGAGAGCAUGAUGAACCACCAGAAAAGAAGGCGUCAGGAGUAGGUCUUGUCAAUUCCUACGGUCUUCCGAAUUCUGGUGGGGACAGACUUAAGCCCCCACCAUCCAGUUGUAUAAACACUGAGAAAAAGACUAUCAAGCUAAGCUGUGGUGCUGGUUCAACGUCUAAGUCUGUGCCAGAUGUGGCUAAAUCUCUUAAUGUGCUUAAAAUCAACAAAGGAUCUGGUAGUUCUACAGCUUCAGCUUCAUCAAAUGCUACGGCUUCAUCAAAGGCUACUAAGCGUGUAUCACCUGAACAUUCUGAUGUAACAAAGAUUAGUACUGUAGCAUCUAUUCACAAUGGCCUGACUGAAGAUAAUAGCAAAAUGGAUACUUCGGAACAUAUUGUUGAGGAAGAAACACCACAGAAAAAGAUCAAAAAGAUUUCCUGGCCUUGAGAUGAGGAAAUGCAAUACUUUCAAGAUUAAAAAGGAGUGUACUUGUCAUUAAAAACGAGUUCUUGGGGAUUUAUGUCCAGAAAUUCUCCCUUUCAUUGACUGUUGAAGACUUUUAAAUGAGCUUAACAUUUUUGUGUAAUCAAUUAUGACUGAAAUGAAGUCUCGAUCUUUUGGAAGUAAAACCAAAGCUGUAAGUCGUGGAAUUACAAAAGGACGUAGUGAUACUUUAUGUUGGUUGGAAGGACAAAUACGAGGUCUUAGUCACUGUCAAUACAGUACCCUGGUCUUGAAACACAUAAACUGUUGGUAACUUAUCAAUUCAUGUGUUAAUAAAGCAUCUUAAUUGUG